AUGGCGAUGGAAAAGAUUCUCACUGCCGGGGUGGGUGAAAUCAUAAAAAAAUUACUACCACUUCUCGAAGAACAUAUUAGUCCUGUAGCAUGGGGUGUUAAGGGUGAUUUAAGAAAGCUUAAGCUAACCUUGGAGACAAUUCAGGCUACAGUUUCUGAUGCUGAAAAAAAUCAAGCAAAUAGUGAAGCCGACAGACUUUGGUUGAGAAGGCUUAAAGACGUUCUUUAUGAUGCGGAUGAUGUUAUGGAUCAAUAUUCUUACGAAUACAUGCGUCGUGAUGAAGAAGGAAGCCAGCUCAAGCACAAGAUACAAGACUUUGUUUCGUAUUCAUCCUCCAAUCUACUUCUCUUUCGGUUUAGGAUUGGUCGUGAAAUCAGAGCUAUUAAUAAAACGUUAGAUGAAAUCCACAAAGAAAACAAAAGGUAUAAUUAUAGGUCGAAUACUACUUCUGAUGUUAAUGAUGUUCAAGCUACAGAGAAAAGUAACCGACUAACCUCAUCUAGAGUGGGUGAUGAUUCAAAAAUUCUUGGGAGGCAGGCUGCAAAAUCUAGCAUAAUAUCAAUGAUGUUAAAUAGCAGGUCGUCACCAACAAUCUCAUCUUCAUCUGGAAAUUCUUCUCAGCAGGCUAAUCCUUGGGUCGUAUCUAUCGUGGGUAUGGGCGGACUGGGUAAGACUUCUUUAGCUCAACUGAUAUUCAAAGACUCGAAUCUGGGAAGCUUUGAUUCCAAAGCUUGGGUUUGUGUGUCCGAUGAUUUUCGUAUCUCUAAUAUCUUAAUAAAAAUGAUAGAGUCCAUUGAUAAUGGAACUAAAUACGGUGGUUCAUCAGAUUUAGAAGCAUUAGGGAAUCCUAUUUCCAUUAGAUUAAACGGUAAGAACUUUUUGUUAGUACUAGAUGAUCUAUGGAAUGAGGAUCCCAUAUAUUGGGGAAAAUUAAUGGAUUCCCUUGUCGGUACGGGUGCCAAAAGUAUCACAAUAUUAAUUACAACACGCAGUGUAACUGUUGCGUCUGUUGUUGGGGUUAACGUUUAUUAUUUAGAAAGAUUAACAGAUGGUGAUUGUUGGUCUAUUAUGCAGAAAAUCAUAUCAUCUCGAGAUGAACGUGUACUGACUCUAAGAAUUAUGACAGAUAUCGGAGAAGCUAUAGCUAAAAAAUGCGAUGGCUUACCACUUGCAGUAAAAUUUCUCGGAAGCUUAAUGGCCUCAAAUACAGACGAAAUCUACUGGUUGUCAAUCAAAGACAAUACUAGUCUGUGGAACACAUAA